ACACUAUUUAAAUUUUCUAUUGUAUACAAUCCCAGGAAUCACCCAUAAAUAACACGUACAUCAGAAUCUUCCUGCCAAUGAUGCAGUUUUGUCUGGAUCUAAACUUCGUCAACGUCAUGUAUCCCGAUAUACAUUAAAAGUUAAUAUUUUCCUCAAAAUGCUCUUGUUAGUACUCAUCGCCAUUGCUAAAAAUGGAUGCUUUGUCACUUCUAAUGAGAUCACUCACCCUUUUGAUCAAGGAAUGCAAAUAACAGCAGAACCUGGAUAUAGAUCAGUUAAGUUGAAUUGGAAAUACGAAGACGAAGAUCGCCCAUUGAAUUUCCUCAUUAAAUAUUGCGAAUUAGUUUGGAGUAUUAAAUAUCGUUGCAGAAAACGUUACGUUUCGACAAAAGAUAAUCCUCCAACAGAUAAUGGAAUUUAUCAUGCAACAAUUUAUGAUCUAAGAAUGUCAACUAAUUACACAUUUAUGAUAGAACCUCAAAUAUAUGAAGAACGACCUACAGAAAACGUAAUGAAUAAGUUUAGACAGAGAGCAAAAGUAUUCGAAGUACCAAGCAUAACUGUUACUACAAAUGGAUUUGCAGCUGAAAUCAGUCGAUGCAUCGAAGAAUGGUCUGAAAUUGCGGUAAGAACGGGUCCUCAUUUCGGAGGGAAAAUAACAGUAGAGAACAGCAAUGAUGAAAGAUGUUCAGUCUAUGGAAACAGAAGCAGUUCGAAAGACAUCUAUACUUUGAGAAUUCACCAUGAAAUAUGCGGCAGCCAUCGAAUUAAUAAUUCGGAAAUCCAGACAACUGUAGUCGUGCAUGAAAAUAAAGAUGUAGUGACUCAUAACACUCGACGAUAUCUGGUCCAAUGCAACUUGUUACCAAAGAUAUUUUCCCUUCAAGCAUCAAUACAUGUACCAAAUAAUAAAAAAGUUACAGAAACGAAACAUGUCCGCUAUCCGGUAAUGGAAGAUUUGGAUGGAACAGAAGAUGCAUUAUCCUCGACUUCUAAUAAUGUUCAAGAUUCUAGAAUGGAUGCCGAACAAAAUCAUUUCGUGCACAGAACGUUGCAUGAUGAUGUUCCAGUUAUUCAAGAAGAUCAAUUUCUUAUUAUAACUGUUAUCGGAUGUGCUACAGUUAUAAUUAGUGUAGGCACAGUUUUGUGCGUUAUGUUUGGGCCGAAGAAAAAAGCUAAGAACAUGUCAAUGGAUAACACAUUUAUAAAACGAGAUAACAUUAUGCAAGAUAGAAAUUGUCCGACUACUUCCGACAAGAGAAUCUCCCCCGAAUCAUCCAUAGCUUUAACAUCAAUGCGUUGUUUGAACGAAGUCUCAUAAAACUGUAGAAGUUUUUCUAUAUGUAUAAUUAAAUUGCUUAAAAUUUAUAUUCGUAUAUAUCAUAAAUAAUAUUACAAGUUCAAAUUUUAUAAAUGCAUUAAUAAUAAAGUCAAU